CGUGUCUUGCUGGGGGGUUGGCUGUGGGCGUGUCUUGCUGGGGUUGGCUGUGGGCGUGGCCUCCGCCCCUCCGCGCGCCUUCCACCGAUGUCGCGCUCGGCGAAGCAGCUCAAGUCGCAGCUGCUCCGCGCCAUAGACCAUGAGGCGAACAUUGUUGACAUGCGCUCUGUGCGUGAAGUCAUCUCGUGCUUGGAACGUGGACCAAUCACGAAAGAAGCCUUGGAGGAGACGCGUCUGGGCAAGUUCAUCAACGACGUUCGUAAGAGGACCUCCGACGAUGAGCUGGCCCGGAGAGCCAAGCGGCUGCUGAGGGGUUGGCAGCGGCUCAUCACCACACCCCCCUGCUCGGCCACCGCAUCCAAUGGGGCUCCGGGAGAGGCGCUGACGUCAGACCGGGGGUCAUGUGACCAGAAACGGAAGGCCGAGGCUCCCACCGAGUCCACACCGCCCCCUGCCAAGAUGGCGCGGCUGGCGGCGGGGGCGGAGCCUCGGACCGCGAGGGGGGCGGAGCCUCGGACCGCGAGGGGGGCGGAGCCUCGGACGCAGGUGGCGGAGCCUCGGCCCGCGAGGGGGGCGGAGCUUCGGCCCGCGAGGGGGGCGGAGCUUCGGCCCGCGAGGGGGGCGGAGCUUCGGCCCGCGAGGGGGGCGGAGCUUCGGCCCGCGAGGGGGGCGGAGCUUCGGCCCGCGAGGGGGGCGGAGGCUCGACCCCAGGGGGCGGAGCCUCGGCCCCUGAAGCUGGCGGAGUCUCGGCUACAGGGGGCGGAACCUCGGCCUUUUAGGGGGGCGGAGCCUCGGCCGGAAGGGGAGGAGUCUCGACCAGAAGGGGCGGUUCUUAAACCGGAUGGGGCGGUUCUUCGACCAGAAGGGGCGGUACCUCGGCCGGAAGGGGCGGAACCUCGGCAGGAAGGGGCGGAACCUCGGCAGGAAGGGGCGGAACCUCGGCAGGAAGGGGCGGAGCCUCGGCCUUUGAGAGGGGCGGAGCCUCGGCCUUCGAGAGGGGCGGAACUUCGGCCUGUGCCGAAAGGGGCGGAGCCUCCUCUCAAGGGGGCGGAGCCUCCCCUUAAGGAGGCGGAGCCUCGCAUCGAGGGGGCGGAGCCUCCUCUCGAGGAGGCGGGGCCGUGCCCUAACAAGGACUCGGGGGCAGAGCGAACGCCGAAGAGGGCGGAGCCUUGCGUCGUGAAGGGGGCGGAGCCUUGCAUUGCGAAGAGGGCGGAGCCUUGCGUCGCGAAGGGGGCGGAGCCUUGCGUCACGAAGAGGGCGGAGCCUUGUGGCGCGAAGGGGGCGGAGCCUUGCGUCGCGAAGAGGGCGGAGCCUUGCGUCGCGAAGGGGGCGGAGCCUUGCGGGGCGAAGGGGGCGGAGCCGAUGAGGGGGGCAGAGCCUGCGGUGGCCAAUGGGGUCCCGGCGGCCGAGGCCGCGGGGUUCGUCCCGCCCCUGGGUCCGCUCCGUGGGAACGAGGAGGAGGGGGAGGGGCCGGAGGGGGAGAGGGGGGGGGAUGAGGACAGUGGGGUGGGGUUCGCGUCGUCCAAUCGGAGGCUGAGGAAAUACCGACCACGUGACUACCAGGUGAAUCUGGAAGGAUCUGUGUUGGAGUGUAACCCGUCCACCAAGCCAGUGAGGUUAAAGGAGCGUAAGAUCACGUUUGACCCCAUCACGGGGCGGAUCGUGAGCACUCCUCACAAGAACCACGGUGGUGGUGGUGGUGGUGGUGGCGGUGAUGGCGGUGAUGGCGGUGGUGGUGGUGGUGGUGCCGAUGACAACGACGUGGUGAAGGCAUCACUGGACGGACGAGGGCCACAGCACAAGCGUCUGAACCGCCGGAACCAGCAACAGCAAUCGCCGCCACCAUCGCCACCGCCCCACCACACACCCGACAACCACCACCACCACCACUCACCGCAGAGGCUUGCCGACUCUCAGCCGGAACCGUCAGCUCCUCCUCCGCCUCCUCGUCAUCCCCAUCACCGUCUCUCGCACCAUCCACCGCAACAUUCGCCCCAACAUCCACCGCAGCAUCUUCCGCAUCCGCAGCAGCAUCAUCCGUCGCCCCAACAUCCGCCGCAGCAUCUUCCGCAGCAGCAGCAUCAUCAUCAUCAUCUAUCGCACCAACAUCCGCCGCAGCAUCUUCCGCAUCCGCAUCCGCAUCAUCAUCAUUUAUCGCCCCAACAUCCACCGCAGCAUCUUCCGCAUCCACAUCACCAUCUCUCGCACCACCAUCCACCGCAGCAUCUUCCGCAGCAUCCUCCGCCGUCGCCGCCGUCGCCGCCGGCGGCAGCCGCGGCCAGGCCUGGCCGCGGCCGCCCCCCUAAGGGCGGCCGCCGCGAGUGGAGCGUCGCGAGCGUCGCCUCGAGCGAGAUCGUCCGCCGCUACCUCAGCCGCCAGAGCAGUCUCCUGUCGUCCUCGGGCAUCGACUCGCCGCUCCUCGCCGCUGUAGCGGCAGCGGCGGCAGCGGCGGCAGCGGCCGCGGCCACCGGCGGAGGCCGAGGGGGCGGCCGAGGGGGCGGCCGAGGGGGCGGCCGAGGGGGCGGCCGAGGGGACGCCGGCACGGCAGCCGCGGCCGCGGCCGCGGCCGCGGGAGUCCGCAAGGAGCUCCUCGUCAUCGACGUGGAGUCUUCGGAGGAGGAGGAGGAGGAGGCGAGAGACGGAGACGCCCCGCCGGCUAAGAAGAGCGAGCCGGAGGAGCCGGAGGAGCCGGAGGAGCCGGAGGAGCCGGUGAAGACGCCGGUGAAGACGCCGACGCAGGAGAUGAAGACGCUGACGCCGGAGGAUGACGAGGAGGAGGAGGAGGAGGAGGAGCUGAAGAUGAAGGUGAAGACGCUGAUGACACCGGAGCAGCAGCAGCAGCGGGAGAAGGAGGAGAAGGCUGCGGAAAAGGCUGCGGUGGCGACGGAGCAGCAGCAGCAGCAGGCUGCGGAAAAGGCUGCGGUGGCGGUGGUGACGGAGGAGCAGCAGCAGCGGGAGAAGGAGAAGGCUGCGGAAAAGGCUGCGGUGGUGGCGGGGGCGCUGAGGCGCCUGUCGACGGGCCGCUGGCGUGGGGUGAACGGCUGCCGCGACACGGCCGGGCGCUGGCACUCGUGGACGGACGCCAUCGCCCUGGACCCUCACGGCGAUGGGGCGCCCAGCCUGCACGUGCUGCCUUACGUGUGCCUCGACUGA